AUGGCCAAACCUUUUGAGUUUAACUGGCGAAAAAAAGUGCCAGAUGCUCUUAUGAAAGGAGGUAUAUUUGAUUGUUGGGAUGAGGAAACAUCUACUUUAGAAGUGAAUUGUUUGGUCAAAGUUGAUGAAUAUGGAUUCUUUAUAUAUUGGAAAAGUGAUGGAAGA